AUGGCGGCGCCCUCGGCCCCGCGGCCGCCGCGGCCCCGCAAGGAGCCGCAGCCGCUGGUCAUCCCGCGCAGCGCCGCCGAGGAACAGCGCCUCCGCCUCGAGCGGCUCAUGAGGAACCCGGAAAAGACUGUGCCAAUUCCUGAGAAACUGAAUGAAUGGGCACCACGGCCUCCCCCGGAGUUCGUCAGGGAUGUGAUGGGUUCCAGUGCUGGAGCUGGGAGCGGGGAGUUCCACGUGUACCGGCACCUUCGGCGGAGAGAGUACCAGAGGCAGGAUUUCAUGGAUGCCAUGGCUGAGAAGCAAAGACUGGAUGAGGAGUUCCAGAAGAAGCUGGAGAGGAACAAGAUGAUUGCAGAAGAGCAAACAGCCAAGCGCAGGAGGAAGCGCCAGAAGUUAAAAGAGAAGAAACUGCAGGCUAAGAAAAAUAAACUGGAACAAAAGAAGCAGGAAAAAGACCCUAACCAGCCUCAAGAGCGAGGCAGCAGCGAGGACGACGACGAGGACAGCAAGGAGGAGGAGGAGGAGGAAGAGGAGAAAGAAGAUGAUGCUGAAGAGCCCAGUUUUGUGAUGGGAAGAGGAUGAGGCCUUGGAGGGACAGCUGGCAAGCACUGUUCAUCGCUUUGAUAUGCAGGAGCAUGGAAGCUUUCAUCUCAGCCAAGCAGAACCCAUCGGCCUGCACCACAUCUGCUUCGCGGUGAACGACCUUCACCUCCCGGGCCCGAGGGCUGCCGACAGAGAAAUGCCAAACGAGAGAGAUUUCCUUUUCCUUGAUUGCUUUGUUGUAACUGCUGGGCAGUCUGCUCUGAGCUCGCUCUACAGACUCAGCCACAAACCUCUGCCACCCCAGAGGGCUUCCGUAUGCAGCCCAGAGUGGUUUUUCUGCCUGAAAGCUCAAACCGAUCCCUUCCCAUUUAAGGCAAAUAGUUACUGUGAGGGCUACGUGGUCUGCUGCUGGCCAACCUGGGAGCAGUGGGCUGCAAACAAACAAACAAAGAAAAUAUCCAAGGGAAGAGUUUAACCUAAAAUAGAAAAGUGGUCUGGAGCCAGACCCUCCUGCACUGUGAGUGUUCUGAAUUGGGGCUUUUGUAUGGGGUCACCUCUAACCCAAAGAAAUCAGUUUCUGUUGCUAGACAAGUUCUCUCUAGAUUUUUAAGCAGGAUCCCUUUUCUAUUGCUAAAAAAAUUUUACCCUCUUACUUUUCUUCCAUGGUUUUUGUAAAUGAAUAA